AUGCCCGAGUCAAGAACGGAGAAGGAUGCCCAACGGGCACUCAGAAUAAGAGAUACGAAGCGUCGGCAACGGGCUCGACAAAAGGAAUAUACCGCUGAGUUAGCGCAAAGACUGCGAACGCUCGAAGCGCAAGGCGUACAAGCAACGGUCGAAAUGCAGGUAUCCGCCAGAAGGGUGGCGGAAGAAAAUGAACGGCUAAGGAAGUUGCUGCGGGCAAUUGGAGUCGAUGAGGACGUUGUUAAUGGAUGGACCGAGGGGCAGGAAGUGACCUAUAAGCUCAUGAAUAAGCUAAACAACGGAGAGGAUGAAAGCGCUGUGGGAGGUCAGAGGAAGCAAUGUUCCGCGGGACCGUGCAAUUCAAACACCAAACCCGAACAAUACCGGGAACCUACCCCGCCCCCAACCGAACGUGACCCGCCUACCCCGGCGGAGCCCUGUCCGUCCAAGACUCCAUGCAAGCUCGCCCGUGCUCUAGCCGCGAAUCCGCAUAUCGACAUCGCUCAGCUCCCAACCCCCGCCGAUGGCCAAGCUGAAGGGAGAACAUCGGAUAAAACAUCUUGCGGCAAAGCUACCCAAAUGCUACUUCAAUUCGCCACCUCGGAAGAGAAAGUGCAGGCUGUGGCGGGGGUCCUGGAGGCGGGGUGUGUGCAGGAUGGGAAAGGCGGUUGCAGUGUGGAGAACAAGGUUAUGCUAGAAGCGCUAGAUAGGGUCUGCAUAUAGAAGCUAUCGUGAUGGCUAUGUGUGAUGGGAAAAAUGGGUAUGAUGAUGUGAGGGCUAUAGGAUUAUCAAAGGGGUAUGAAAGUUCAAUCUCGGAAGGGAGAGGGGGAAAGGCCUAGCGAUACAAAGGUAGAAAGGCAAAGCAUGAGAGAGAAGGAAAAUCAUUGCGAGAACGACAAGGUGUGGAAGCGAGGCAGCCCGCACUACACCCGUACAAUACACCAUAAUAUUAAGUUCUCUCCGUUCUUCUUACCGCGGGUUCAUCAUCCGGGUAAGUUGUAGUCUGUGCUGCAUCUACUUGGCCGGGUCCGGUCGACGUUGACCCGAUACCAUUGUCAUUUUACCUUUGUCCUUCACUCUCACUCUGAAUACCGUGUAACCUUUAAACUCC